AUGAUGGGAGAAUUGAGAGAGGGACUGAAACAGGACGAUAACAGACUAAGGGAUGAGGUGGGAGAAGUGAUGAGGGAGCAAGGGAGGAUGCUAUGGGAAGAGAUAGAAAAGAUGAGGGAGGGGAAUAGAAGGCGGGAAGAAGAAUGGAAGAAAGAAAAGGGGAAGUUGGAGGAAAGGGUAAAAGAGCUGGAGAGGAAAGUGGUGGAGAGAGAAGGAGAGAAAGGGGACGGGGAAAUGAAAGGAGAGAAGAAAGGUGAGGGAGGGGGUGGAUUAGAAGAGAGAGUGAAAUGGAUGGAGGGAAUGAUGGAAAGGAAGGAGAGAGAAAAUAGAAGAAGAAAUGUGGUAAUAAGGGGGCUGGAGGUUAAAGAGGGAAAGAGAAGAGAGGAAGUGGAAAAGAUAAUUCAGAAGAUAAAGACUGAAGUAGAAAUAGAGGAGAUGAGAAAGGUGGGGAGUGGAGGAGGAGGGGAGGGAGAAAUGGUGGUUGUAAAGUUAGCGAAGGAAGAACAAAAAUGGGAGGUCAUAAGGAAGAAAGGAGUUUAUGUGGAUAAAGAAAAUAUGGAAGAAAAAUUGAAGGAGCUAGAGGAAUGGACAGAAGGAGAGGGAGGAGGAGAGAGGACAAUUAUAGGAGGAGACUUCAAUGCAAGAACAGGAAGGGAAGGGGGAGGAGUGGAAGAAGGGGUGGAGGAAGGGUGGGAGGAAGAAGGAAGGAGAAGGAAGGACCGGGAGAUAAACAGGAAAGGUAGGAGGCAGCUGGGGAGAAAAGGGGGAAAGCUAGUGGCGACAUUUGUGGACCUGAGAGCAGCAUUUGAUUCGGUGGACAGAGGAGUUCUGUUAAGGGAAAUGAGAGGGAGAGAAGUAAGGGAGGGUUUAGUGGAAAGGGUGGAGGAGGUGUUAAGGGAAACGAAGAGCAGGGUGAAGGUGGGAGGAGAGGUAGGGGAGGCGUUUUGGACGGCGAGAGGGGUGAGACAGGGAUAUCCGCUAAGUCCGCUGCUGUUCAACAUCCUUCUGGCAGAUAUAGAGGAAGAAAUGGGAAGGAAUGGUAAGCAGGAUGCACAGGUGUGGGAUAGGAUAAGGAGGGCAGCAGCGGUAAUGGGGCAGGUAUGGGGAAUAGGGAAGAGAAGGUGGGGAGGGGAUUGGGGAAAACGGAUGUGGUUUGACAAAUUAGUAUGGACGGUUAUGGGAUACGGGGUAGAG